UCUCCGCUUCCAACCCUCUUUUCCGGUUCUUCUGCGGCGCCUCGCGCGACCAGAGCGACGUGAGGUGCGGAAGAGCUCCGACUCCGGGGGCGCAGUAAUGGCGGCGGCCAGCGGCUCGCGGGGCGCCGACAGCAGCAGCAGCACGGCCGCGUUCAUGGAGACGUACAGCAAGCUCAAGAAGGAGCUCCUCGAGGACCACACCUCCGAGAUCACCGACGAGUCGUCGCUCCAGUUGAUCCACCGCGUAAUGCUCUUUCUGCUCCCCUUAAUUUUAAAAAUAAAAAAUAAAAAUCGUGCUGCCUGGAACAGAUGGUGGAUUAUAAUGUGCUCGGGGGAAAGUGUAACCGCGGGCUCUCUGUCGUCGACAGCUACAAGAUCUUGAAGGGUGUCGAUGUUCUGAGCCACGAGGAUGCAUUUCUUGCUUGCACCCUUGGUUGGUGCAUCGAAUGGCUUCAAGGUUAUCUCCUGGUGCAUGAUGAUAUCAUGGACAACUCCCAGACACGACGUGGAAAGCCUUGCUGGUUCAGGGUGCCUCAGGAGGUGUUCCGUGCCGUGAGUACGAGAGUGAGAGGUACAACAAACUGAUUGCUGACAUCAAGGCCCAGCCAAACAAGGCUGUUCAGAAUGUUUUGAAGUCCUUCCUCCACAAGAUCCACAAGAGGGAUAAGUAGACCCAGCUCAUUAAGAAGCUGCUCCAUCGAUGCUUGCAUAUAUAAAGUUACUAUAAGAUUGAUGCUGUACUUGUACUAUGUUGCUAUAUAUGUGUUACACUUCCUUAUUGUAA